UUUGACGCUAUAAAACGAGAGCAAAGUUGCCAACGUCUUCUCUUCAUACAACUAAAAAUUGUAACAAUAAUUCAUGUACAUGGCUAAAUUUCAAGAUCUAGACCACCUCAAAAUCCCAUUUGAAGUCAUCAGACUAGCCACUAACAACUUUGCCGAAGAUAUUGGGAAUGGUGGAUACGGGAAGGCCUACAAAGGCCAACUCCCACACCCCAACAGCUCUGGUGAGCCAAGCACCACCAUCGCUGUAAAGAGGCUAGACAAGACGCACGGUCAAGGACAACCUGAGUUUUCAACGGAGAUCAACAUGCUUGCUAGAUACAAACAUAGUAACCUUGUUUCUCUCGUUGGAUUCUCUGAAGACGGUGAUGAGAAAAUUCUUGUUUACAGGUAUGAGAUUAAUGGAAGCCUUGACAAGCAUUUGGCCUCCACAGAUCUCACAUGGGAGCAACGUCUUCGAAUAUGCAUUGGCGCGGCUUGUGGACUGGAGUAUCUUCAUGCUGGUGUGGGACCGGGCCACAGGGUGUUACACCGCGACAUUAAAAGUGCUAACAUCUUGUUGGAUGAGAACUGGAAGGCAAAAAUUUCUGAUUUCGGAUUUUCUAAAAUAGGUCUCACGAAUCAACCGAUCACUUUUCUUUUCACGAGGCCCUGUGGCACGCUUGGCUACGUGGAUCCACAAUAUCACAAGACGGGCAUCCUUACAAAAGAGUCCGACGUGUACUCUUUUGGUGUGGUGUUGUUUGAAGUGUUGUGUGGGAAGCCCGCAUAUGAGAUUUACAAAUAUGAUGGUGAAGAAUGCCUUCUGAAUAAUUUAGUGAAACGUCGUUACGAAGAAGGAAAAAUUGACGAAAUCAUCAUGCCUAGUAUACGGGAACAAAAGAAUAUGUACUCAUUACAAAAGUUCUCUGAUAUUGCUUAUCAGUGCCUAAACGAAAGUCGAAAUCAACGUCCAUCGAUGAAUCAUAUAGUCAAAGAACUACAAAGCAUAGAAUGUCAAGUGGGUUCACCAACGGGAUUAUGGGGAUCGAGGACAGGUGGAACUCCAUGGUCGUUGCUACUUGACAACAAUAUGAAGCUUAGGAAGAUAAGGAUAGAUCACAAGGAUUGUAUAUUUUCUAUUGCUUUUACCGUUGAAGAAUAUUCAAGUGGUACGCUGAUUACAUCUCCACAUGGUGGUACCGGUAUUCUCAGCGGUCGCGAACCUUCUGAGAUUAGUUUUGAUGCAGAUGAAGAAAUCAUCGAGAUUCUCGGUUCCAUAAAUCAUUUUCCAGUAAUAUCAUCAUUAUGUAUUGUGACUAACAAAAGAAGGCAUGGGCCUUUUGGCCCGGAGACUGGGAAUUCGUUUUCAGUUUCAUGGGAUGUAGGUACAUUUGCGGGGUUUUAUGGUCGUGCCGGCGCUUUCUUGGAUGGAUUGGGUUUCUAUUCGAAUAAGUGCCUGAAUGAAAGCCGAAAUCAACAUCCAUGGAUGAAAUGUAACUUGCAAGAACCACAAAGCUUCGAAUAUCAAAAUGGUUUACCAACCGAAUUAUGGGGAUCGAGCACAGGUGGAUCUCCAUGGUCGUUGCUACUCGACAACAAUCAAAAGCUUAGGAAGAUAACGAUUGAUCACAAGGAUUUGAUCUUUUCUAUUGCUUUUACAAUUGAAGAUUUAAUAACUGGUUCGUUGGUUUCUUCUCAACAUGGUGGUACUGGUGGUAUCCCUAGCGGUGUCGAAACUUCUGAGAUUAGCUUUGAUGCAGAUGAAGAAAUAAUCGAGAUUCUUGGGUCCAUAGAUAGUUUUCCAGUAAUAUCAUCAUUAUGUAUUGUGACCAACAAAAGAAGGCAUGGACCUUUUGGCCCGAAGACUGGGGCUUGCUUUUCGGUUACAUGGGUUGUAGGUGUAUUUGCAGGGUUUUAUGGUCGUGCUGGCUCUUUCUUGGAUGCAGUGGGUUUCUAUUCAAAGAAGAUUGUCGCCUUGGAAGAGCACAGGGUGGGAGAGGAGCUUGUUGAGAAUGUGAUGGAUGGGUAGUAGAAAUUAUGGAAUAAAAUUAGUUUCUAAUUGUUUUUAAUCUAAGUUAUAGGUUUCAGAUCUAUGCUUAAAUGUCUAACAACACAUAUUUAGUAUAUUGGUUAUGAAAUAAAUACCCUUCUAUCCCACACACCUAAUGUUAUAUGCAAUGAGACUUGGGUCUCGAGGCUAAUUUAAGUUUGUGAUUAUAAUAAAUUUGAGUUAUAUUUGGGUACUUGAUUCAUUGUGUGUAUGAAUUAUGUUAAAUAGAUUUAUAAAAUAAAAUAUUUGAUAUAAUA